ACAAUAUAUUAUACAUUUUGAUGUUAUACAAAAGUUUUCAGUUGAUAAACUAUACGAAAGAUAGAAUGAUAACUUAAUUACAUCUCAUCGUCACAACUCUAUUAUGUUACGUUCGAUCGAUUAUCUAUUCUCGGCUAUCUCCUUCCCAUUAAACGCAGCCUUCACAACACGUGCUAUGCUAUAAGUAAAAUAUCUUAGAAGCCAUCAAAAUUUUCACGUUCAUCAGAGAUCAUGGCAGCAAUUGACCUUAGCUAAGAAAUAUUAAUCCUAUCCUGUAUAACAAUCGAUAUAGUCCUUAUCACUACAUCGAUGAUCAUGAUUUAUUCGUUAAAUAUAUUCAAAUGAUAUUAUUACGACAAAAAUUCAUUCUUUCUUUCAGAUUUGCCAAAAAUGUCCGGAAGAGUGGCAAUAGUCACGGGCGGUGCUCGAGGCAUGGGCGCCGAAAUCGUCCGAAUACUGCUAGAAUGUGACAUGGACGUCAUAGUUGCAUGUCGAAACAAAGCAGCAGGUGAAAAAACUGUGGCUAAAAUCAGAGAGGCUGGUGUUCUAACUGGAAAAGCAAGAGUAAUGAAGUUAGACAACUCAAGUUUAGACUCAGUCAGAAAUUUCGUAGAAGAGUUCAAGAACAAUUAUUAUAAAGUGGAUGUUCUAAUCAAUAAUGCUGGAGUAAUGUUUGUUCCGUACAAAGAAAGCGACGAUGGUUUCGAACAACAAUACAUAGUCAACUAUCUGUCUCACUUUCUUUUGACUUCGCUGCUCGUGCCAUUUCUGAAAAAGGCCGGAAGUUCCGAUCUUUGUUCACGAAUCGUCAACGUUUCUUCUUGUGCGCAUCUAUUGGGAAAAAUUAAUUUUAACGACAUUAAUAAUAAAGAGGACUUUUUCGACACUGAAGCAGCUUACAUGCAAAGUAAACUAGCUCAAGUUCUCUCCACAAAGUGGUACGCCAGAUUCUUCGAGAAAGAAUGCCUCAACAUCAAAGUCCACGCGGUUCACCCUGGUAUUGUCAAUACCGACCUCUUCUUUCACGAUCAAACAUAUCUCAAAUAUUAUAAUUAUUUGAGAAAUGUUCUUCUGAAGUCUCCGGCAGAAGGAGCCAAAUCAAUAGUUUACGCGGCCAUCAGCCCUCGGGUAGAGGGAAAGAAUGGACUGUAUCUUAGCAAUUGCCUCGAGGCUCCAGUUCACCCCACGGCUAAUGAUCAAUCACUUCAAGAUAGGCUUCUCGAGUACUCUCUCAAGCAAGUUCGGCUAGACGGUAUUAGUACAUAAUUGCGGUACUUCAAAAUCUACUUUUAUUUAA